GAGUGCCCGAACACUUUCGCGAUCCGGCACAACAAAUCAACUGAAGCGACACGCGAAAUGGCGGUUACUCAGAAAAGCUCAAACCUGUGCAUGAUUUAGUUUACAGAUUUCGGAGAUCCACGUACUACGUUGUUCCAGUAUGGAUGAUGACGAUUCUGAGAGGCAGAAAAAGCUGCAAGCGGGCAAGGAAAAGCUCUUGCAGUUUCAGAAAAAGAAACAGCAGGGCAAGAAGAGGAAGAAGCGGGUCAAAACUGCUCAGGAGAGUUGUUCUGCUGCAUCCGGCGCGAGUGCUAGCGAGCAAAGUGAGGGCGAUCUCUCUGGGACGGGUCUAGUGAGAAAAGACAACCUACCGGGUGACUCAGUCAAACAACGGAAGGAUGGACAAGCCCUAGAGGGAGAGGUUGAAGAACUCAGCCAGGCCGAUACAGAUAUGGAUGCCCCUUCAAUCGGCUCCGAAGUUGGGUCACCUAUUCCUUUCGAGAGCGAAGAAGGCCACUGGGGGCAGUCGGGGAGCUAUGCAAGUGGGGAAUAUACCAGUGGCGAGGAAUCCUACAUCUCAGAGGAAGGAGGUCUGGAUAGUUAUGACAUUGCAAACUUGGAGAGAAAUGAACUUAAGAAUCGAAACAGAGAUUUGGAAGAAGAAAUAACUGCCAAGAAAGCUGCACUCAAACAGAUAAGUCGAGAAAAUACUGACCUGAAAAGUAAGCUGGAAUUGCUAAUGAAGGACCAAAGUGGAGCUGCAGUUAUCAAGGACUUGACUCGACAAGUGGAGGAGUUAAGAGAAAACCUUAAAGCAAAGCAAGCUAUACUUGAAGACAUAAACAGAGAGAAUCAAGAACUGAAAUCUCAUAAGGGCUCAACACCAAAUCAGGAUUAUGUGUCAAUGAUUGAAGAACUAAAAAGUAAUCUUGAGAUUAAGAAGGCUGCUCUGGAGGACUUGAACAGAAUGAAUGAGCAUUUAGAUGCUGAGAAUAAGCAGCUGAAGGCUCGACAUUCUGACAGCUCUAAUUUAAAUGAACUUGGUAAAAGUUUAAAGGUGAAAUCAGAAGCUCUUGAGGGUCUAAACCGAGAAAUGGAGGUUGAGGAACUGCAGAUGCAAAAUCAAAAUCUUCUGCAAAGGCUAGAGGCUGUAGAAUCCGAGACAAGUAGGGCCCAGUACCACGACAGUAUGCAAAAGCUUGACAAUCUGUCUGACUUGGUUUCUCGAAAGGAGAAGGAGAUUGAAGAGCUUAUCGCAACCAGGGUCCAGCUUGAGGAGAAACUCGAGAAUUCUGCCCAUGUACAUGACCAGUUGGAAGAAAGUCACAGGCGCUCAAUGGACCUAGAAACAGAAAUUGAGAACCUUAAGUCACAUAUCAGGCAGUUGGAAGACCAAUCGUACUCAGAAUCUGCACAGGUUGAAAACCUAAAGCAUAAUUUGAAUAACAAAGAAGACAGUUUGAAUCAGCUUAGUCAGGAGAAUGAGGAUCUAAAACAGAGGCUAUUCACUGUUGAAUCUUCUGAUUUGAAAGGACUUCUAGAGGACAGUUAUAGAAAGCUUGAAGAAUUAACAUCAGAAUUGAGAGAAAAGGAUCACCAACUCGAAAAUAUAAGAAGCAAUUAUGACUCCAAGCAACAGCAGACUUCCCAUUUAGAACAGUCUUUGUUCGCGUUACAAAACAAAAUUGCUACUUUAGAAGAUAACUCAUUGUCCGAGACAUCUCAGAUGGAGAAUCUGAGAGAGAACUUGAAGCUCAAACAAAUGACAGUUCAACAGCUUAAUAAAGACAACGAAGCUUUAAGAGAAAAGUUGUCUAGUUCAGUACAAAUACACGACAAAGUUGCAGAGCUAGAACAAGCACUAAAAGCUAAAACUGACGAAUUAGAUCAAGUCCUAGCUUGCCAGAAGGGUAAAGAUGAAGUGCACGAUAAAGCGAUAGCACAUUUAACCAAUGAAGUUACUAGUCUGCAAAAACAGAUAGAUAUCCUUGAAGACAAUUCUCAAUCUGAGUCAUCAAUGGUGGAGAACCUGAAAGAAAACUUGAAGGUCAAGAGUGAGACCGUCAUGCAGUUGAACAGGGAUAACGAAGAAGUAAGGGCUGAACUUGACCGUAUGAAAUCCAAGCUUGAAUCAGUCAUGCAAGAUCUUGAUGUUAAAAACAAAGAACUUGAGAGUUUAUCAAGUGAGCGAGAUAAUAAACUUCUGGCACUCACCGAGCAGAUUGCUGAGAAGGACAACAGUCUUGACGAGCUGGAGAAACAAAAUGAGUCAUUGAAAGUGGAGCAUCGUCAACUUCAGCAAGACGUUGUUGCAUUUCGCAAUCAAUCCGAGGAACUUACCGAGAGACUUGACGUUGCCCAGAAUCGUCUUCUGUCUUUGCAAGACGUGUUGUCUUCUAGAGACGAGUCAGUGCGUGACCUGAACCAAGAGCUGCAAAAUAUGAAGGAGGAACACGAAAGGCUACAGAACGAGAUGAAGCUACAGGGAGAAGAGCUGACCGAACAAAUUAAGAUGCUGCAAGUACAACUUGUACAGAAUGAUGGAAGUCUCAAACUGCAGCAGGACGAAAUGCAAAAAGCAUCAUCCGAGCUUCUGGGUACCAAAUCCACCAUGGACGCUCUAAGAGCUCAACUUGUCGAGAAGCAAAAUAAGAUUUCAGAGCUAGAUAGUCUGUUAAAAGAAACGGUUAACAAAAAUGCCGCAUCAUUGAAGGCUUGUGAAGAAAGGUACAAUGAACAGUUAGACAAGUUAAAAAAGGACGCUGACAAUAAGGAAGAACAACUAAAUGCGCUAGGCAAGGAGUCUGAAGAUAAGAACAAGCUGCUAGAAGCUGCCAGGCUGGAGAUCGAGGAUUUGAAGAGUGCAGCACAAGUUAGUGAAACAACUCUUCAAAGGAUCAAUAACGAGCUCAUUAACACAGUUUCAGAAAUCGAAGAGAUGCGUGUGAAAGCUGAGGAAGAAAAGGAGAAGUCGUGCUCUCUCGAGUCACAGCUCGAUGAGUUGAAAAAAUCAUCCGAGGAAGAGAAGGAGCGCAUGGAGCUCUCAUAUCAGAGAGAACUACAAGAUCAAUCAGAAAAACAUGCGAACGAAUUUGAGAGCCUUAAAGUCCAACUCUGUCGGAAUCUGGAGAAUUCGGAACUUGAGAAGGAUGAAGUCAUGAAAGCCGAGAUGAACCAGUUGCGAAGUAUUUACGAAAGUGAAAUUAAGCUGUUAAAGGAAUCUGUGGAUAAACAGAUGGAUUUAAAUAAUGAGCUCGAGCACCAACUCGAUGAGGCGAGGGAAACGUUUGAAGAGGAUCUAGCAAGCCUUAAAGUUAUGGUAUCAGAAAAAGAUCGCUUGCUUCUAGAACAUGAAAACCAAUUUGAAGAGCUCGAAAUGUUGAAUAAAAGUAAACAAAAAGAGAUCGAAGUUGAAUUGCGAUCCCACAAAGAUCAGAUAUCAAAGCUGGAGGGUAUUUUGAAAGAAAAAGAUGCAGCAUUAAUAGAGACAACGAAUAUUAAUGCCGAGCUGCUAAGAGGGCGGGAAGAGGUAGAAAGUGAAAUAGAGGCUAGUGUUGCAUCCAAGGACGAGAAAAUUACAAUCUUGACCGAGGAAAUAACUGAACUCAAGCAGGAACUGAAGAAAAAAGAUGGAAUUAUCUCCGAGUUGAAUGAUAACCUUACGAGCUUUGAAGACGAGCACGACUCAGAGGUCUCUGUCUUCAAUGAAAACCUCCGCAAACAGCAAGAACAAACCGCCGAGCUUGAGAAACAGCUGGUCCUGGAAAUGGGAAACGAAUCCUCCAGGCAUCAAGAUGAGAUUCAGGACUUGUUGAACGAGCACAGAGAGCAACAGCAGAGGUACGAGAAUGAGAUUACCGACUUGAAGGAAAAGCUUGAUACAUUGCUUAAAGAAAAAGAUGAGGUUGAAGCCAGUGAGCCGAGCGACGCAUUCGAGUCAUUGAAAAACCAGCUAGAGCGCUACAAAAACAUUGAAAACUUGCUUCUGCAGUCGGAGGCAAAAAAUGCAGAGACAGAACGGACUUGUGAAGCUAGAAUAACAGGAAUCAAGGAGGCAUAUGAACAAGAGCUUGAGAAUGCCAGCGCUAGCCACAAGGAAGCAUUAACCGCUCUAAAUCAAAAGAUCAAACAGCUCUCCUCCGAUAAAGAGGAGAAAAUGAUUCAGAUUGGUAAACUUAAGAGGCAGGUGCAGGAGUUAAUGGAGCAACAAGAAUCAGGAGCAGAGAUGAAUGUUGAUUCGCGCUUGGAGAUGAUACGAGAAGAGCAUGAGUUGGAAGUGAAUUCACUGAAAGAGCAGCUGAGAGACCUGGAGGAGAAACAUGACAAAGAGAUGGAUGAGCUUAGUGCUGUGAAAGAGAAGGAAUUCAUGGGUAUAAUGGAGGAGAUUUUACAGAGACAUCAGAAUGAAUUGGACGAAGUAAGAAAGGAAAAAGGCCAAGCACGCGACGACGAGGACAGUAUUUCUACAGCAGCCAUGGAUCAGAAAUUACACCAGAUAACUGAAGAAAAGCAGCAAGAACUUGCUCGAAUUCGUGACAACAUUCUCAGGGAUAGCGAAGAAAGAAUUGCCGAAAUGCAGCAACUGCUUUUACAGCAAAUUAACGAGCGCGAACAGGAGAUAGCGAAACUCCGGGACCUGUGCACUGGCAUGCGGGAUGAGCUUGGCGGAGUUACAAAAGAGAGAGAUCGUCUGUUGCACGAGGUUUCCGUUUUAACAGAGACUCGCCGCAUGGUAGAGCGCCAGAGGGUGCCUAUACAGGAACCGCUCAUCAGUCAGAAGAUCCGUGAGGUGGUCCAGGAAGAGGUCAUGCAGUCUCAGGCUGAUCAAGUAGAAGGCCUUCCGCCUGGGCUUGGAUUCGAUGAUGAAUCUCAACCCACCGGUCUACCAGAUAUCCUGAAAAAGCUACAAGAAAUGGAAGAUGUCAUCCGUGAAAAGAAUGCAGUGGAAAUGCAGUUAAAUCAACAACUUAGUGAGUUCAAGAAAGAACGGGAGAAGGAACGUGCAGCCUUCAUGAAGGAUAUGCGAGAGCACGAGAUCCGCGAGCGUGCACUGGAAACAAGCAAGCAGCAGUUGGAAUUACAGCUGUCCGUGAUAGAGAGGGAAGGCUAUGAUUCAUUACAGGAGGUAAGUCUGCUGCAAGAGCGACUAGCUGAGAAGGAACGCACGGAAUCAGAACUUCGUGAAGAGAAGAAUAAACUUCUGGUGGUUCUGAAGGAGAAUAACGACUCCUUGGCGGAGGAGAAGGUCUCUCUGCAGCAGCGGUACAAGCAGCAGGAAAGCAUGAUUCAGGAACUGCAAGACAGGAUCUCGACGUCUGAUUCCGUAUCGGACGACCUUCAAGACGUAUUCGGAAGGCAGAUCAUCGCGCUUCAAACCCAGCGAGAUGACUUGAUGCGUCAGCUAGAGCAACAGAAGAACGAGCGGAACUCCUAUGUAGACAUCCUGGAGGAGAAGAGCACUCUGGAGGAGAACCUGCGUCAAGAGCGCGAGCAGUUGCACGAGAAACUCCGCCAGAAGGAGGUACUCGAGCGUGAGCUAAACAGGGAGAGGGCGGCGCUGCAGGAACAGCUCAUCAAACAGGCCAAACUGAAUGAGAUCAUCAGGCAGAAAGACAUGUUUGAGAAAGAGCUUAUCAAGCAGAAGUCAAACUUGCAGGACGAGCUGAGCGACAUUGAGCAGAAGCUGCUGAUCAAGGAGGAACAGUUGUUGCACGAGAAGGAGCUGCUGGAGCAGGAGAUGCAGCAUAAGGAGCAGCGUCUGCAGGAAUGGGAGCGCGAAUUCCAGCAGAAAGAGCUAGAGUUCUCCUCGUCACUUGAGCGACUGCGUGUCGACAUGGACUCCGACUACCGCCAGCAAAUGGGACAGCUUGAGAGCCGACUAGAGGACCACUACUCUCGAGAGAUGCAGGGUGUGGUCGCCAGACACCAGGAACAGGUGACGCGCAUGAAUGGGGAAUUUGAGAAGCGCCUCGAGACCCUGAGAAACCAGCUGGAGGCGGAGAGAAAGAAACAGGUGUCCACGAUGAAGGGGGUUCUUGAGCGCCAGCAGUCGAGCGACAUGGAUGAGUUGAGUGAGCAACAUGCGCAAGAAAUGGAGGAACUUAGAGACGAUCUGAGCCAAAGACACCAAGAAAUAGUGAACGCGGUAACCUCCCGCCUGGAGCAGGCGCAUCGUGAUGAGCUGGUGGAACUUGAGGCCCGUAUGUUGGCUGAGUAUGCUAUCAAAGUCGAGACAGCCCGCUUAGAGACCGAGGAGCUAUGGCAGGACAAGCUAGACGCCUUGGAAAAACAGCGCAGUCGUGAGAUUGGGCAACUGAGACAACAAUUGAAUCAGAUGGAAGUGGAUAUGAAAACCAUGAAGGAGAAUCACACACUUGAGCUAAGUGAGAAGAUGCUCCGAUUGCAUCAAGACCUGCAAAAUCAGAAUGAACAGCAACUCCAGACUGAGCUAAAGGGUAGCGAAGAACUCCAAGAGAAGAAACGCCAAGGGGAGCUCAUCGAGUUCGGGGACAUUCUGAAACAAGAAUAUGCCGAGAAACUCGUAGAGCUUGAAAAGCAGUUCUUAGAAAAGUACACCAAAGAAAUAGAGGAAUUAAAACAGGCCCUUGAAGAAGAGAAAGAGGAGUUUACUGUGGCGACCUUAGACGACCUUGCACAGAAGCAUGCAUCCGAAAUGAUGCGACUUCGAGAUGAGCUCAACCAACUGAUGGUCCAGGCAGACGAGGCAAAGAACCAGAUGAGGCAGUCCCACAUGGCUGAGAUAGAGGAAAUGAACAGAAAGAUGGCUCGAGAGUAUCAAAAGAUUGAGAGCUUGCGGGCUGACCUCGAAGGUGCGCACAACUCCUCGGCGCAAGAGCAUGCGCAUCAACUUCAGGAGCUAAGGGAUGAAAUGGAACAGCAGCGUGUCACACUCAGAAAAGGGCACCUUGCAGAGCUUGAGGCGCUGAAGGUCGACUUCGAGCGCAGAAUGGUGGAGACAGAACAAGGGUACACUGAUAGAAUUGAGGAGACGAGGGCCAAGUUCGAGGAGGAGAAACUAAACAAAGAGAUGCAGCAUGUCCGUGAACUUGAGCAGCUAACAGCCGAUAUCGAAAACAGACUUUUAACAAGAGAUGGAAAGCAUGCCCAGCACGAGAAAGACCUAGAGAAGCAAUUCUUGGAGCUACGACAGAAACUUGAAGGCAAAUACUAUGAUGAGCUUGACUCGACCGUUAAGAACCUGCAAGACAGGUACCAAAACGACUUGGAAGAUAUACUGCGGGAUGUGCAGGCCUCGCACGAAAACGAGCUCGAGAAACUAAAACGUGGGUGCGAGGAGGAGAAGGACAGCGAAAUCGAGCAGCUUAGAGAAGAGCUGAGAACUACACGUGACGACUUCGAGAAGGAGUGCGAGAGAAUGCGUGGCGAGUUCCAAGAAGAACGCGUUAAAGAUUACGCUAAGUUUUGUACCGCUAUGGCUGUAAGAAAUGCGCAGGUUCUGGAGAUUCAGCGGGCGGAGUUGCUAACAGAUCACGAGAAAGAAAUGGAAGUAUUCCGAGAAGAAAGCCAGAGGGAUUACGAGAUGACAGCACUCAGGCUGUCUUCUCAGAUUGAAGCAAUGGAAGAACAACAACGUAGAACUAAUCGAGAGUUUAAAGCCCGACUUAAAGAGAAGGAGAAAGAGAUAGAACUUCUUAAGGAGAAGUUGAAUACAACAAUAGACACUCCAAGCAACGAGACGGAACAUUUUGAUGGGGGUAGUGGGAACAAUAAAUACGAAGCUCUAAAAAGCGAUUUUGAAGAAGAGCGCUUAAAAGAAUACGCCAAAUGGAGCACCAAGAUGGCCUUGAAAAACGCACAAUCUCUGGAACAACAGCGAGCAGAGUUACAAUUUGAGCACGAGAAAGAAAUGGAAGUGUUUCGGGAAGAAAGCCAGAAGGAUUACGAGAUGACAGCACUCAGGUUGUCCUCCCAGAUAGAAGCGAUGGAAGAAGAACAGCGCAAAAAUAAAAGGUAUUUCAAAAAUCACCUGAAUGAAAAGGAGAAAGAGAUAGAAGUACUCAAGGUGGAAAUAAUGAAAUUGAAGAAACAUCAAUUUGAUAAUCUUGUCGAAGAAGUAUCUUCGGUUAGAGCUGAACUCGCGAUGGAGGCAGCACAAAAGAUCGACGAGGCCCUCAAUGAUGAUGGAAACAGGAAAUCAGAAGAUUUGAGGAUGGAACACGAGGAACAAAUACAGGCGCUAAUGGCCCAACACGAGGAUCAAGUGAAGGCUUUGAGUCAGGAGUAUGAGGAUCAAAUUCGGGAGCUUAGGGAAGAACGAGAUAUCUCAGAGAAGUGGAGUAAAUCCAACGUGGAUGCUCCAUAUUCUGAGUUUGAAAACAAAAUGAAAGAAAUUAAAGAUCAUUACGAGAGAGAGAUCGAACGACUUGGAGCAGAAAAUGAAGAGCUAAGGACAUCUUCUCAAAUUAGUGAACCAAGUGAGAGGUCUAGUGCGGAAAAACAUGUCGAAGAAAUGAUGGAGAAACACGCUAGUGAGAUCGAGAUGUUGCAAGCGGCUUUGGAUACUGAAAAGGAAAAGUAUGAGGCUCUUCAGCAGCAGCUCCAGGCGAGGCAGCAGGAGGAACUGGAAGACUUGAAAGCUCAGCACUUGAAAGAGCUUGAUAACCUAAAGGAAGGGAUCACACCUGAGAUUGAUGCACUCAAAUCUGAACUAGAAAAGCAGCAUCAAGAAGAACUUGUUUCUUUAAAGGAAUACCUAGAAGAAAAACACCAAGCAGAAAUAAAAUCUAUUGACGGUGACUUUAAACAAAGAAUGCAGAGCCUCUCACAAGAGUUACUAAGUACUGAUGAACAAUCUAAAGUUGAUGUUAUCCAGGCAUACCUAGAAAAUAAGUUCAAAGAUGAUCUAGAGCAGUAUAAAAAGAAUGUCGACAUUGAGUAUGAAAAUCAAGCUCGGGACAUUCGAGAUGAGUGUCUUCUAUUACUAGAUUCCCAGAGAGCAGAAUCGAAUAAUGAAGACGAAAGAAAUCAAAUCGAGCGAAAGCUUCGAGAAGAGCAACACCAGAGUGACCUGGAAGCCCUUCGACGCCAGCUCGAGGGGGAGCAUGAGGAUCACCUGAAGAGCCUCAAAGAUGAAUUCAUACAGGUCUUAGAGCAGGAAAGAAGGUCUUCGCCGGACUCUGGCAUGUCUGAAGCCCUGGAGGAGCUACGUCAGAAGCUAGAGGCUGAACACCAGGAAGAUAUAGAAGCUACCAGGAAGGAACUUAUCGAACAGGUUGAAAGCUUGCGGGAUGAGCUACAGGAGGCGGCGACAAGGGACAUCGAGGACGCGAAAAGGCAAUUCCAGACCGAGAUGGAAAAGAGGGUAGAGGAGGUCCAGCACGCGGCACAAGCAAACCUUCAUGCUUCUGUUGAUGAGUUGCGCAAAAACUUGAAUGCUAAACACGAAAAACAACUAGCGGAGCUACAAGCUUCUCACGAACAAGACCUAAAAGCUUUGCAAGCUAAGCUCGACCAGGAAAAGGAGGUCGAACGGGUAAGAUUUGAAGAGGAGAAGCAGCGUGAUAUUGAACGUCUAACAGCAGCAAUGGAUGGCAGUGUUAGUGAACAGCAGCAGCUUCAGUUGCGCAUGCUCCAGGAGCAGCAUGAGCGCGAGCUCGAGAGCGUACGAGAGGAGCUGGUGCAGACCCACAUGGAGAAGUUUGCAGAAAUGGCCGCCAAACUGGAGGAAGAUCACAAGGCCGACAUCGAGAGAGCUAAAGAGUCGGUACAUAGUGAAUUCGCCCAGCGCAUGCAUGCAGAACUCGAGCAAGCGAAGGAGCUUGCAAGGCUUGAACUGGAGCAGGAACACCUUGACAACUUGCAGCAGUUAGAAAGCAGUCUGGAAAAACGGCACGCUGAACAGCUUAGAGGUCUGGCAGAGCUGCAAGACAAGCACAUGGAAGAGCUCCAAGCGCUUCGCGAUGAGCACAAGCAUGAUAUUGACAGGUUAAAGAUGAGCUUAGCGGAACAGCACAAGGACGAGCUCUCCGCUGUAGAGAUGGCGGCGGAGCAGGACGUAGCACAGGCGAAGCAGGAACUGGAGGAAGCACACCAGAAGGAGCUCCAGUCAAGCCUGUCUGCCCUAGAGGGUGAGACGGCCCGUGUGCUUGCCGCAGAGGCGGUGAUGAACAGCAUAGAAGCUGCGCACAAGGAGGUGACCGACCAGAUGCAGCAGGAGAUGGAAAGGAUGAAGAGGCUAAUGGACGCCGCUCACGGGAAUCAGAUCAUGGAGCUUCAGGAAUUACUUGAGAAACAGCACAACGAGGAGCUAAGUCGUCUGCGUGAAGAUUUUAACAAGGUCAAUGCGGAGCAUGAGAGGGAGAAAAAGGAGCUAAAAUCUCUUCACAAUAAAGAACUUCAAGAGCUACAAAACAAUCUCAAGCAGCAGCUUGCUGUUGUACAGCAAAAGAGCGAUAAGCUCAGUGAAGACCUAAAGGUUAAAAUAGAAGAAGUAGAGAUAGCUCAGCGAGAAGCAAAGCGCACGGAGGAACACUAUAAUGAGCUAGUGACGAGGUACGAGCGCGAGAACCAGGAGGGACAGAACCUGGUAUCAAUACUCAGAUCAGAUUUGGAGCGGUUCGCCGAGGAAAGGGAUUCACUUCAUCGCACUAACGCUCGCCUACUCAAGCUACUAUCAGACCAAGUAAGGCACGCCACUCAGACUGAAGACAACAUCAACCGACAGCUAGAGGAGCUGAUCGAAGAGGCGAGUCAGUCACACGGCGGGUUUGCUGGAGACUUACAAGAUGACACAUCAUCCGGAUCCCUGUCCCUAUCGCAGAUCCCUCUAGACUCAGCCGCCAGACCAAGCAGGGUACGUUUUGCUGCUCCCCACGGACUUGCUACCUCCACACCGGCCGCCCAUCAUUAUGCUGGUCCCUCAGGUGAUGAUGACGAGUCCGAGGCGGACACCACCCUUACCAAGUCUGCUAACACGUCGAUGAUCAGUGACGAGGGCCUGGAGCUGUCGCAGAUUGUGACAGAUAGCCUAUUCCAAGGACCCAGCCUUGACGAAGAGGGGGAGGAGCUCGUGAUUGACAGCGGGAGUAAACUCAGGACAGCUGUCAAUAAAUUACUCGAGAUGAUCACGCUAACCACCAGACAGCUCAAUGAAGCACGAGAAGCUCAGAGAGAGCUCCAUGACACAACUGCACAUCGAAACGACGAGCUUGCCCAACUAAUGACUGCUCAGGAAAACUUGAUGAUGAGGCUUGAGGAGGAGCUUGGUGAGAGACAGAGGCUCGAGAAUGAGCUGCGGAAAGCAAACGAGAAUUUAGAGGAAUAUGCUGCUGAUAAUGAUAGAUUGGAACGAGAACUUGCCAAGAGUAAAGAGGAUGGAGCCAAAUUAAAAGAUCUCGAAGACAGCGGGAAGCAGCCUGAAAACGACGAGACUCGAGCACUACAAGAAACUAUAAACGAGCUUGAAAAUAAAAUUAAAGAAAGUGAGAUUUCCAAGGAGGAUAUGGAUAAAGCUAAGGAGGCGCUCAGUAAAGAAAACAAAGAGCUUAAAGGAACAGUUGAGCAGCUUCAAGACGCCCAUGAGAAAUUAUCAGAGGAAAACAGGGUUUUAAAAAGAAAGGAAAACGAGCAGUCUGAGAAUGUGGACGACUUUGAGAGUGGUGAAGAAUUACAGCUUAAGAUCAAAGAAUUAAAUGAGAAGAACGAGUCUCUUUCAUCCCAGUUGAGGGAAGCAAUUUCUGCCAAUAGUCAGUUAAAAGAAGAGAAUGGGAUUCUUGAACAGAGAAUAGCCAGUCUAGAAAAGGAAGCGAGUCGAUCGCAAAUGACAGGGUCUGAAGGUGAGGUGUUAACCGAGAAUGAUAGACUGAAAGAAGAGAAUAAAACUUUGAAAGAAGAGCAUACAGAGCUUGCUGAACAGAAUGAAAAACUAAAAGAUGCUCUGGAGGAAUUGCGAGAAGCCGUGCAGCACUUGUGGGACGAGAAAAAAGAAAAAGAAAGAGACAUUGAACAACUGAAUUCGCAAAUAUCAUCUGGUGACGUUCAAGGAUAUGAAGAGACGGAAGAACUAAAGGCCCAGCUCAGCCAGCUGCGGGACCAAAAUAAUAAACUUGAUAAUGAUCUGGCCAGUCAGAGCCGUGAUGUUAUAACGUUAAAGGAAGAGAACGAUAAAGCUAAUGAGGUUAUAAAGCAACUGCAACGAGCUCUUGUAGGGAAAACAGAAGGAGAUGUGCCCGUCUUGGUUGUUGAAAAUUACGAAACCGGCUUCCCGCCUGAAGGGGAGGACAUCCAAGUGCAAGCUCUUCAAGAAAGAAUUAAGGAGUUAGAAGAAACCUUGGAUGCUUUCAAACAAGCCCAGGAGGAGAGUAUCCAAGAAUCCGACGAGGUGAAGAAAUUGCUGCGUUUAGUCGAUCAAGUGUCUACUGAGAAAGAAGAUCUGGCCAACCGCGUAAAAGAGCUACAAGAGCGGCUAGGAGUAGAAACAGAUGCCAAAACACAAGCCCUUCUUGAGUCGGCGCUCGGCGAAUAUCAGGACCACAUUGAUAUGCUUGAGAGGAAAAGCAAGGAGUUAGAGGAAGAGCUGAACACAAAGUCCGAGAAAGAGGUCGAGAUGUUGUCUCGUGUGAACGAGCUCCAGGAAGAGCUUGCCAAGGCCCUGGAGUCCGCAGAGGCAGGUAAAAAGGCUGAAAAGCAGUUAAAGGAGCAAGAAAGUGAGCACGUGGAGCUGAGUAGGGAGAAAGAGGCGCUGCAGAAACAGCUAUAUGAUCGACUUACGGAGAUAUCUUCCCUUAAGGAGGAGUUGUCAAGAAAUAAACAUUCGGAAACAUCCAAACUUGAUGAGGCUGAGGCUGCUAAAGCUCUUUUAGAAAAGGAAGAGGAGGUUCUUCUACUAUCCGAGCAGCUGGAGGUAUUCAGAAACGCAUACGAUGAGAAGGAAGAGGAGCUGAAGCAUCUUGGCGAGCAGACGGAGGAGAUGAAGAUGAUGAUGGAGGAGCAACAGAAGCUCCUAGAAGACCAGUACGGUAAACUGACGGAACAGGAGACUAUUAUAGCGGAAACUGGUGACCGUCUAGAUGAACUGCGCAAGGCGAAGACCGAGCUCGAGAGUGCUCUUGAGGAAGCUAAAGCGAAGAUCACAGAAAAGGAGGAAUCUCUUGUCGCUUUUGCUGCAGAAUCAAAAAUCGUCCGUGAUCAGCUGGAACGGGAGACAGAGGAAAAGAAUGAAUUGACCAGUCAGAUUGAGAGCUUGGUUGACAAGGUGAAAAAAUAUGAGGAGGCAUCUUCUACUGUGAUGAAAGAAAACGAGAAUCUUAAGCGCAAUUUGCAGAUGGAAACACGCCAGCUCAGCGCUGUCAAAGAGGAAAUGGAACAACUGAGGGGAAAAUUAAAAACGCAAGAGGCUGAAGAGGCUAAGGCUAGCGGUGCGCAGAUCACCCAAGAACAAGAACAGAAGCUGAAGGCAAAAGAGGACGAGCUUCGUCGCCAAUACGAAGAAAGCAUCGUCCGGUUAAAGGAGAGCGAGCAGCAGAAGAGAGAAGAAGAAGCUGCUCAGAUUCGCCAAGAGGCUGAGCUAAACACUAUGGAGAUGGUGAACGAUUGCCGACAGCAAGCGCUUAACAGUCAACAGGGUUACAUCAACCAACUAAAGCAGGAUUUAGAAAGCACUAAGCGGGAGCUGGAGUCUAUGCGACAGGACACGGCCAAGUCGUCUCCUGGAAGUGAAGCAGUGAGCCCUGAGGCAAAGGCUCGCAUCGGCUCCGCCCUUGAUGAGAAUGAGCGCUUGGAUAGAGUCUUGAUCGGACAGCUGAUCGAGCAGGCGCGUAAGCAGCCAACAUCUAACAACAUUGAGGCUCUUCUAAAUAGUCUCAACACAGAAGCAACAACGAUCCAGUCCCUCGCACAAGCCCUGUCCCCUAUAAGUGGUGCCAGUAGUCCGGACCUGUCCGCUCUGCAGUCAGCCUGGGCCUCUGAGAAGCGUGCUUUGCUUGAAGCUAUACAGGCACUCAAGAAGAUGGUCGCUCAAACUCGUCAGACUGCAUUGCCCAUGAAGCCAGAGAGUACAAUCGACUGGAGGGGAGAUCUACUUAAGGCAGUUCAGCAGGUGAUGGAGAAAGAUCGAGAUGUUCUUCUCGCCGAACUACGUACAUCCCAACAACAGCCGGGUCCAGGCACCUCUCCGACACGAGCAGCACAGGCAAACGCCGACGCCCAGGGUGAACUGAACGAUCGUGUCAUGAGAGAACUGUUCCGCAAAGACCGAGAAUCUCUACUUCAGGAGCUACAGGAAGUCAAGGAGAGACUUUCAGCGAUCAGAGAUCACCCUAUUGGUGAGAUUCAGCAAAUGAAGGAGCACGUGAUUGCGCUUCAAGAGCAAGCCAAAAGGCGCGAGAAAGAACUCCAUGCACAAUUGUUAGCCAAGACACGACAGCUAGAGCAGUCAGAGGAUAUCACCGAUUCCCUACGCGAUGCCAUCGACAGCGAAGUUGAACAGAAAACGGACCUGACCAAUACACUGAACAGCGAGAGGACACUUGUUUCAGAUCUCAAGAAUGCGCUAGCUAGGGAAAAAGCGCGCAUAUCCGAGCUUGGGUCUGCACUUGAGAAAGCACGCGUGCAAGAGUCAACUGCCAAGACCUCCUUAGAGGCAGAAAGAUUACGCGUGACUAAUCUCACACAAGCGCUUGAAAUAGAGCGGGUGAGCUCCAGGAAGUUCCAGGACUCGUUAUUGGCCGAACGACGGCGCAACAAGGACCUGUCCCACCGCCAGUACGACAAUGCCGACGAGCUGAAGAGACAGCUUUCCUUAAUAAAGGAGAAAAAGGUGGAUCUUGAAAUAGCGCUGGAGCGGGAGAAAAUUGUCACGUCAGACUUGGAAUCUGAGCUCGAGACUGAGCGUGCCCUGCAAGCCAACGAACUAGAGAAGCAAAACAAACUACUCGAGAAGCUUUCGGCUGACUUGGGCCAUGAACGCUCCCGCUGUGAGGAUCUUUACGAGCAGCUUGACAUUGAGCGGGGGAAGGUGGAACAACUCCAGAAGACACUAGAUGAAGUAACACCCACGGCACAGCGCGUGCCACACCUCAACAACACCGUAGAAGGCCUGCAGGAGGCGCUUGAGCUAGAGCGCUCUCGUGCCGAGGACUUGAACAAUGCUCUCGCUGGCGAGAGGCAGAAGAGCAAGCUGAACGCGUCGAUGGAAGCGGAGAAACAGCUGAGAGAACAGACUGAUCGACUGGUGGCGGAGCAGCUAAGAUCUGCUUUGGAUGGAGUGCAGAAACAGCUAGUGGAUCUGACAGGCGCCCUAGAAGGUGAACGUCAUCGCGCGCGCAAACUCCAGAAUGAGCGCGACGUUCAGCAAGCAACAGCCAUGGGUCACCGCGAGCGUGAGGCUCAGUUGCAGCAGGAUUUGGACAAUGAACGGUCUAGGCGGGUCCAGGCAGAGAUGCGGCUGGAGGCGGAGAAGGAGAAGGCCUCUGAGCUCGAGCAGGAAGUAGAGAGUCAGCGCAAACUGGUUGACGAUCUGCAGGAAAGAGCUGAUCACAAUGCGCUAAACGAAUCGCAUAAGGAAGCUUCAAUGUACCCGGUGCGAAUCCGGUUGCUGUUGUUGCAGCAGCAAUUGGAGUCGAUGCGUCAGCAGCACCAGAUUCUAAUAAACAAACACCAGAACACGCUUGACGGAAAAGAUGACAGCCAGGCUGGCCAGGAAUUAGUGCAAGCGCUCGAUAACCUGCUGAAGGAGUUGGACCAGAUCAGAGCCACCCUCACUGUAACUAUUGACGAUGGCGAGGUUGUCCCUCUGUCACCGAUCAAGGCCGCUGCUUACGAAAGAGUAAUGCGGCAGAACAAAGAGCUGACAAACUACAUGGGCAAACUAAACCAGGAGAAGACAGAAUUGCUGACAACUCUGAGCAACCUGGAGCAACAAGUGUCGCAGUACCGCAACCGUGAUAACGCUAACGAACAGUCCUUCCGUCAAGCUAAGGAGCAUGCCGAGUCCGCAUUAGCCGCUGAACGCGCACAAUGGGCUCAAGAAAAGGCCGAAUCCCAGAAUACUAUUCGCGCGGCCAAUGAAGAAAUUGCUCGUCUCAAGGAAGACGCGCGUAAGGCUGGUACCGAGAGGUCGUCUGAUUCCCAAGCAACAUGGCCACAAGCCAAGAUUCAAAAGCUAUACAGCCGCUAUGUACGCGCGGAGAGCUUUCGAAAAGGUCUAGUCUACCAAAAACGUUACCUGCUUUUGCUGCUUGGUGGCUUCCAGGAGUGUGAACAGACCACACUAGCCAUGAUCUCACGCAUGGGUGCCUACCCCUCCUACCCGGACGUCCCGCAGCGCCGCCCACCCGCCUACACCCGCUUCCGCAGUGCCGUGCGCACCGUCAUCGCCAUUAAGCGCAUGCGCUUUCUUGUGGCCAAGGCACAGAGGACUAGCAAGCGGGUGCUUGGCGACGAUCGGUCUAGGGGUGAGGUUAUGAGCCCAGCAUCACGAGUAACAAAUACCACCUCCUACGAGCCAAUAGGCGCUGCGUCACAUAACGUGUCACGGAGCGUCACGCCGAGUUACAGCCCCGCGAGGUAUGAUCCCAUUGGUGGGCGAACCACAGAGGCGUUUGCUCCCCGCCAGGAUGGACACGAAGCGGGUUUGAGCCCGGCUUAUCAAAUUGGGCGGUACUCAGCGCCUGAUCAGAAUAAUUCUGUGGAAUACUUGGGUACCGUACCUGUGGGUAGAACUGGAACUGAUCGCACAGGUCCGUCCAGGAGUUCAGAUUUACCUGCAUCUUCGAGGCCCACCUCGAGAGCCAGUGAACGCUUGAUAUCGACUCGGCCGCCAGCAAGUCCUCCGAAACCUGGCCGAGCAUCUCCGGAUAUUUUGCGAUCAGACCCGACGCGAUAUCGACAACCAAUGUCUCCACCUGUUCGUGACUCGGGAAACCGAGACAGAGUAACCGAUCCAUAUCCUCGCCACUCUUCGCCGCAUCAUCGGGCUCAGUCGUCGUUUGAACGUGGCUCGGGUUCCGAGGGCCACUCGACCUCACCCUCGGGCUUCUCCGAACGGACCUCGUCUUCCAGAGCGGAGGGCGGAGAUCAUUCGCUUUCAAUGUACAUACAACGACUGGAGUCUCUUCAGAACCGCCUCACCGCCGCUAAUCAAGGUGGAGCUGCAUCACGGACAAGAGCGAGACGUUUCUAACAUAUGCCCACGUAUUGUUCACGUCGUUUGUAACAGCAUCAUUCUACUUACGCUUGCGCCUUUAUCAUGACCACUGAUAUAUGAGUGUUUUGUCCAGUUUAUAAUGGCAUUGAUAAAGAAAAAUAUAAUGUACAGAGAUGAUCUAUUUUGAUGUAAUAUGUGUAUAGCGAUAAAAUAAAGUAUUUUUUUGGAUAUAGAAAA